CGUGGUUGACAGGUUAGUAUACAAUAUGCUCGGAGAAGAGCAUAGAGCAACCCAGUGAUAGUGUCUGCUUCGACGAGAGACGUGUCGAGGGAAUCGAUCACUCUCUCUUUCUCCUCGUAUAGUGCCUGGUUUGAAUACCCAACGCGUUGUUCCUCGCGCGUUUUCCAUGAUGUAGCUCCAGAGAGCCAUCAUAUCGGGUUGACCGAAGAAGAAGAAGAAGAAGAAGAAAAAAAAGAAGAAGAAGAAGAAGAAGAAGGACCGUUGACAGGACUCGCUGAGACAGAUCCCAGGUCCACAACGUCAUCGCUCCCACAUUUCGCGCCUCCUGUGUACGCGUACACGGGAAGACACACGUUCCGGGUGGACUGGGAACGUGGAGCCCUCGAGGGGCCAGGUGUCAAAGCAGCUCUCGGAGUCUUCGACGCAGCGUCAAGAUGGCGCGUGCCACGAGCACAGCUGUUGUUUACCCACAAACCCGUGUGGAGCGGGCCACUGGCUCAGGCGGCCGCUGCUGAAGGAGAGAGAGCGCGUGCACGACUGGCUCCCCCGUCGUCGGGGACGAUGGGAGCUGAUGCUCGACGAAUGAACGUCACGGAGUAACGGAGCAUUCCCGAGAGCGCGGCGUGACGGCGACGUGACGAGGACGUGACAGCGACGACGACGACGAGGACGAGGACGAGGACGACGAGGUCGGUGGUGCUGGUGACAGCUGGUGACAGCUGGUGACCGAGGAAGAGACGGGAAGACUGAAGACUCGAUGGAAGAGGCCCGAGACGACAGAAGCCACCCGAUCAGCUGGCAGCGAGCGAGAGACUAACCCAGCUGCGUCCGCCAUCGCUCGACACGAGGACGUCGACGACGACGACGGCGACGACGAGGCGUGAUCGAGAGAGGAAGAAGCGGAAGCGUCGAUACGGAGGGAGAAAGUGGCGAAGUAUCGCCAUGAAUGCCAGGACGCAGAUGUUUGAACUGAGUAUGGAGGGACGUCAGGUGGACGAAGCGGUGGCGAGUAUAUUCCACACUGUGCUCUUCCAUCGAAGUCUCGGCAAAUUCAAGUACAAACAGGAAGGCAGCUACUCGGUGGGCACCGUGGGAUACCAGGACGUGGACUGCGACUUCAUUGAUCUCACUUACGUCUGCUGUUCGUCGAUCUAUCUUGACCAGACGCUGAAGCGCGAGAUAUCGGGCUUUUCGGAGGCUCUUCGCUCCACCGACAGCCCGGGUUCGGGUCAGAUAUCCCUAGAAUUCUUCCAGAGAAAAAAGAGCCGCUGGCCUUUUCAACCGGAGUGCAUACCCUGGGAGGUGUGGACCGUACGUCUCGAACUCAUCAAGCUGGCCACCGAGCACGAACGGCAGAUCUGCCGGGAGAAGGUGGGCGACCUGCUAACCGAGAAGAUCCUGUACAUCACCGAGGUCAUGAAUCGACAUGAUUACGUUCCAAAAGUGCCGAGUCAGGCCGAGCUGGAUUUGAUCUUCGACACUUCGUAUCCAGACAUACAGCCGUACCUUUUCAAAAUGUCCUUCACGACCUCUAGUCCGUCGACCACCACGAUGGGCAAUACUAUGAAAAAAUUGAUCAGAGAGACACUGUCCAUUUAGUCGUUGUAAGGUAUAGCUCUUAAAGUUUUAACGUUAAUAUGUUCGCGCGCGAUAUAUAGCCUAGAGUCAUCUGAAAGAAACGCAAAACUUGCUCUUAUUUUUCAUCUACGAUACACAAAUUUCAUUGCACCACGCGAUUUCAGAUUUCAUUUCAGAUUUCUAUUCGCAAUGACUCUAAUCUUACCUUAGCUGUUAUUAUGAGUUCCUAGAAAAGAAGAAAAAAAGAUUCUAAAUUUAUGCUACGAAGAAUGAUCCGGCUAUAGAGAAGCUACCCAGCGUAUUUUGCCUACGUGGUAGAGUCUUAUUACGGAUUUUGUAAGCUCUAGUAUCUCUUAUAAAAAAAAA